GCUGCAUCGCGUUUCUGCUCAUUUAACUGGUUUAUGGGGAAGGAGCAGCUUCAUGAACCAAUCACAGCUCUGGACUAAAUGCUGCAUGAUGCAACAUGUCAUUUUCUUCUGGUUUCACUGAUUAAAGUCAUUAUAGGAUUAAACCAACACAAAAGAUUCAGACAAACCCAACAACGUCUAUCUGUGUUCCAGCUUUGAUUCCUCUAGAACUAAACCACUUGGAGAGAUUCUGACUUUUAUAUAGAAACUUCAGAGUCUUGUCUUUAAAAAGAGACAAAGACCAUGAAUGAUCCAACAUGUUCAUCAACAUCAUUCAGUUUAUUUUGGAAGUGUCCUAAAUAGGCACAAAACGACUGAAACUGUAAGAGUUUAAAAGCUUUUUAAUAUGAUCUUUAAAUUCCAGUAAUUUUUCCUUAAAAAGCUUAAAACGUAAAUUUAAAGCUGUUCUUGAACCAUUUAAAGGACAGAAUGGUUUAAUUUUAGUCUUUUCAGAGACUUUAAUGAUCCACAAGGGAAAUUACUUGUCCACAAUAGUUGCACAUGAAACAAAUACUCUUAAAAACCACUAGUAAAAAGAAAGAUAAAAUAAAAGAAAGAUAAAAAAAAAAUAAAAUAAAAUGGGCGUGUGGACUAGAAAAGCAGAACCUGAAGUGGUGCCUCGUCCCAAAUUAGACAAUAAUUCUACAGAAGAUUGUUCCCACUUUAUUUGUUCUGUUUGGCCUGUUCCUCAUUAACAUUCACAGAUUAAACACAUGUUUCAUGUCCACUGUGGAUUUAAAUGAAGGAAUGAUUAACACCUGCCUCCGUGUUCCUGUUGGUGUCUCAGUGCCGACGCUGGUCUUCUUCUCUCGGACGAAGCCGCGGAUACGACCAGCGACCUGAUGCUCGCUCAGAUGCUGCAGAUGCAGUUCGACCGCGAGUUCGACAACCAGCUCCGCCGGGAGGAGAAGAAGUUCAACGGGGACAGCAAAGUGUCCAUCUCCUUUGAGAACUACCGCAUGGUGCAUCCUUACGAGGACAGCGACAGCUCCGAGGACGAGGUGGACUGGCAGGACACCAGACACGACCCCUACAGAGCCGAAAAGCCCCAGACGACUCCGAGGAGAGGAUUCUCUGGGAAGGGCAAGAACAUCACCACCAAACACGACGAAGUCACAUGCGGCCGCAAGAACACAGCUCGUAUGGACAAUUUUGCUCCAGAGGUGCAUGUGGGCGACGGGCUGGGGAUGGACCUGAAGUUAUCCAACCAGGUGUUCAACUCCCUGAAGCAGCACUGCUACAGCGAACAGAGACGCAGCGCCAGACUCCACGAGAAGAAGGAGCACUCCACCGCCGAACAAGCAGUGGACCAUCGCACUCGUCUGCUCAUGUACAAAAUGGUGAACGCCGGUUUGCUCGAAAACAUCAACGGCUGCAUCAGCACCGGGAAAGAGUCGGUCGUCUUCCACGCAGACGGAGGCAGCCUGGAGGAGCAGCUGGUCCCAGGGGAGGUGGUGCUGAAGGUGUUCAAGACGACGCUCAAUGAGUUCAAGAACAGAGACCGAUACAUCAAGGACGACUAUCGCUUCAUCGACCGCUUCAGCAAACUCAACCCACGCAAGAUCAUCAGGCUGUGGGCCGAGAAGGAGAUGCACAACCUGACCAGGAUGAAGAAGGCGGAGAUUCCCUGUCCGGAGGUGGUGCUGUUGAAGAAACACAUCCUGGUCAUGUCGUUUAUCGGCAAAGAUCAAGUUCCUGCUCCCAAACUCAAAGACGUCAUGUUGGGCUCGGAGGACAUGAAGAACGCCUACUACCAGGUCCUACAUCUGAUGCAGCAGCUUUAUCAGGAGUGUAAUCUGGUUCACGCCGACCUCAGCGAAUACAACAUUCUGUGGCACGAAGGGAAGGUUUGGCUGAUCGAUGUCAGUCAGUCUGUCGAGCCGACUCAUCCUCACGGCCUGGAGUUCCUCUUCAGGGACUGCAGGAACGUUUCCACGUUCUUCCAGAAAAGGGGCGUGGCCGAGGCCAUGACCAUGUACGACCUGUUCAACGCCGUGAGCGGACUGAACAUCCCCGUGGGUGAAGAGAACGAGGCCGAGUUCAUAGCGGAGAUCGUGGCGUUGGAGAAGAGGAACGAGGACCACGUGCAGCGGCGCGGGAAGAAGUCGUUCCCCGUGGCCUCGGAGGACGCAGAACCUCCUUUAAAACCUGACGCAGACGACUAACGCCCGGCCGGCCGCUCGCUCUUCACAACCCGCCGUGAGGAGGAGACAAACAGGAGGCGUCUCAGCUGCCUCCAACUUCCUUUACAACCGGCCGGACGGACGGACGGACGCCUCCUCCCGGCUGCUGGGAGGAUUUAAAGCGUUGGAUGCUGGAAGUCAGAAGGACCGAGAUGCACCAACGUGGUUUCCUGAAGCCCAGACUUCACGUCUUAUCCUCCUGCUAAUCAUAAUGAUGACAGUGUGUCUUUGUAAUCAUAGUAAAAAUGCAAAAACAGCAGAGCUCAAACUCCAUUAUUUCCUCUAAAUUCACCGACUUCUGGGUAAAAAAAACGUUCGUUCAUGAGAAGCAGAAGUUUGGUGGAUUUUCUGAGCCUGAUAAUGUUUGAAUAGAAUCCUGCCAGCAAACAGGAGACACAGAUACAGAUGAUUUUAACAGAAUAAAAUAACCCUGAACAUGUUUGGACGGAUUCAAGCUGAAACCUUUUUCUGUUUCUCUGUUGUCCUGUGGUUCAGUUUGUGCAAAUUGAAAUUAUCGCAGAAUUUGAAAGAAAACAAAGGAACUUGUGUUUGCAGCAGGAAAGAAAACGUGUCCUACAAUCAGGAAGUGGUUUCUGGGGGAGUUUGGUCUCUGACUUUUUCUGUAUCUGUUAAAAACUAAUGCCAGGCUGGAGCGUGUUGGUUUUACGGCGAACGUUCAGAUUAAAUGACAAAAACAUGAUGAUUUAAA